AUCUGGCCCUGCCCCUCCCCACCCUCUCGUUCAUUUCAUCUGCGUUUCAAAUCUCUCUCCGACUCUCUCUCUCGCUCGCUCAGCCCCGGCCGAGAGAAACCAGAGCCACCGUGAUUUGGGAGGUUGGCUUCGGUCCUUCUCUCCAUCUCCUGCUCCGGCGCUACUUGCAGGUUAAUACUUUUUGAAAAUGGCCGAUACUGAGGAUAUUCAGCCCCUUGUUUGUGACAAUGGGACUGGCAUGGUCAAGGCUGGGUUUGCCGGUGAUGAUGCACCUAGAGCAGUCUUCCCCAGUAUUGUGGGCAGGCCGCGACACACUGGUGUCAUGGUUGGAAUGGGUCAGAAGGAUGCCUAUGUUGGUGAUGAAGCCCAAUCUAAAAGGGGUAUUCUUACCUUGAAAUAUCCCAUUGAGCAUGGUAUUGUCAGCAACUGGGAUGACAUGGAGAAAAUAUGGCAUCAUACCUUCUACAAUGAGCUCCGUGUUGCUCCGGAAGAGCAUCCCGUCCUUCUAACUGAAGCGCCUCUCAAUCCAAAGGCAAACAGAGAGAAGAUGACUCAAAUCAUGUUCGAGACUUUCAACGUGCCGGCCAUGUAUGUUGCCAUCCAGGCUGUUCUGUCUCUGUAUGCCAGUGGUCGUACAACUGGUAUUGUGCUUGAUUCUGGUGAUGGUGUGAGCCACACUGUCCCAAUCUAUGAAGGUUAUGCUCUUCCCCAUGCCAUUCUCCGUCUUGAUCUUGCUGGUCGUGAUCUUACUGACGCACUAAUGAAGAUUCUCACCGAGAGGGGUUACAUGUUCACCACCACUGCUGAACGGGAAAUUGUCCGUGACAUGAAGGAAAAGCUUGCAUACGUUGCCCUUGACUACGAGCAAGAGCUGGAAACUGCUAAGAGCAGCUCCUCUGUCGAGAAGAACUAUGAGCUUCCUGAUGGACAAGUCAUCACAAUUGGGGCUGAGAGAUUCCGCUGUCCAGAAGUCCUCUUCCAGCCAUCGUUGAUUGGAAUGGAAGCUGCUGGCAUUCACGAAACAACCUAUAACUCCAUAAUGAAGUGCGAUGUUGAUAUCAGGAAGGAUCUUUAUGGAAAUAUUGUGCUUAGUGGUGGUUCUACUAUGUUCCCGGGUAUUGCAGACAGGAUGAGCAAGGAGAUAACUGCUCUUGCUCCGAGCAGCAUGAAGAUUAAAGUGGUUGCACCACCUGAGAGAAAGUACAGUGUCUGGAUUGGAGGGUCAAUCCUUGCAUCUCUCAGUACCUUCCAGCAGAUGUGGAUUUCCAAGGGUGAGUAUGAUGAAUCUGGCCCAUCCAUCGUCCACAGGAAGUGCUUCUAAACCCAGCAAGGUCUUGUGAGCUAUUUGAUGGCUUUUUCUGUCAUGUCUUGCGAGCUCGAGUUUUAUGAAGUGAUGAUGGAGUUGGUGAAGGAGGGCAUGUUGGGAGUUUCAAUUUACUGUAGCUUCUUCAAGUAUGACUCUUCAUUGUGAUCACCAUCUUUGAGAAGCAACUUUGUAACUGUUCUCUCUGUAUGGAGUGAGUCAAAAAUUGGUAUUGAAGUUCUUGCCAGUCAUAGUCAGAUUUUGUCUCUAGUAUGUCUUUUAGGGGGGGUUGGGUUUGUGGUGCUUCUUCUUAAUUGCUCAUUUUGGUCGUAUAUUAAGUUUUUUUCCUGGAUAUUAAUGUCAAUACUGUAUGAGGAUUAUAUUCUGUUUGAGGUUUGUCCGUUCAAGUUUCUGAUUGGAGAUCUUUUCCUUUU